CUUCAUCUUCGACCUAAUACCCUUAAGGAGAGCGAUUGCUUCUCCACCAUCGUAUCCCGCCGCCGCCGCCCGCCUGCAUCCGAUUCUCGAUCAGUGACCAUCAGCCCCGAAGACGCCGCCGGCCUGCAAUCCCGAUUCUCGAUCGGCGACCAUCGACCCCGACGCCGGCAGCUUCUCCUUUUUCCCACCAUCGGACCCCGAGGCUGUGGAAGAAACCCACCUCUCGCUCUUCUCGUGCUGGUCUCGAUCUUCAGGGGAAAGUAUCAAGAGACGAGGUAGCUCGGAUAUGCGUUGCUGCUUUGGACAAAUACCCAAAUGAACUUACCAGGCAACUCGAGAAGUACUUCAGAUUGAAAGGAACUGGAUGUAGGUCUUGUGUUGUGGAAUUGUGUGCUCUGGUUUUUAGGUCAUACACGCAGGGGAAGGAUUCGGAUAAAAAAAGGAAGAUCCAAGAGGGAUUAGAGUUUUUCGUUAGUGUUUGGUUGAUCAACCGGGAGACUCGGGUGUCGGAGAGCAGGGCAGAAGCUUCGACGGAGGUGGGGAUUUGAACUUACUGGUUUUGUCAUUAAAUUUUUUGUGGACCAAUGCUUUAUUUUUUGGGUUCUCAUUUUUAAGUACAGAUUGCCAUGGAACUUGAGAACUUGACUGUCGUGCAGUAGAUUUGAAUGUAUUACAAAUGGUUCAUUUGAAUGGGCUGUGAAGGUUAUACAUAUGGGUUCCUCUCGGAAGAAGAUGAGAAAAUCUAGAGACAGUGACGAUGAGUUGGAAGACCAGGACGAUAUGCAGAAUCAAGAUUUAAUGAUGGCAGGACUAGAUAGGGAUUUUGAUGAUGCGGAAGAGGAUGAGGAAGACGAAGAUAUGGAGAGGCAAGAUGAAGAUGAGGAGGAAGCUGAUGAAGAGCAAGAUGACAUUGAAAGCGAAGAAAUGGGCUCAAGCGAAGAGGAAGGGCUAGGUGAAGAAGCUGGGGAAAUACAAAAUGACUAUCACAAAAAUGAUGAGUUGGAAGAUCUUGAGAAGGAACGCAAGGACAUCCAAAAUCAAGAACUGGACUUGCUAAAGAACCUGAAACGCCAUAAAGAAGAGGAUGUUCUUAAAGGCCAGGCGGUGAAGAACCAGAAGACUAUCUGGAACAGGGGUCUUGAACUGAGGAUGUUACUUCAGAAAGCAUUCCCGUCCUCAAAUAGGCUUCCAUUGGAACCGGUUCGGUCUACAUUUUGCAAUUCUGAGGAAGAAGUGAGAGUAGCUUAUGAUGACCUCAUUUCAUCAUCCAAAAAGACUUUGGAAUCCCUUGUUGAGCUGCAAGAGGCUUUACUAGAAAAGAAUCCUUCUGUUUCUCAAUCAUCUAAUGGUAAUGUUGGGAAGCCUGUGAAGAAGCAGUCAGAUGACUCCAAGUCCUUGAGUGAUGAAGAUGAAGAAUGGUCUAAAAUUUCACAAAUGCAUACAAGGGUAGCUCCAUUUAGAAAUAAAUCCAUAGACAAGUGGCAGAGGAAGACAGAAGUUACAACUGGGGUAGCAGCUAUUAGAAACAAGUUGCAAGCUUUCAAUCAGAAUAUCAGUGAACAAGUUUCUGCAUAUAUGAGGGAUCCAAGCAGAAUGGUUAAGCAAAUGCAUUUGAGAAAGUCUGAUGUUAACAUCUUUGGGCCUGUUCCGGAGCAGGCAGGCAGUCGCGAUGGCAAGGCUACACUUCCUGAUGGUGAGCUGGCUCCAGAUAAGGCAAGCAGUACUAAUGGCAAGGAAACGCAUCCUGAUGGUGACCCCGAGCUUCUUGAUGAUACUGAGUUUUACAAACAACUACUGAAAGAAUUCUUUGAGGCACUGGACCCAAACUCAAGUGAGAUGGCAUUUUAUGCUGUAAAAAGAGUUCAGACUAAGAAGAGGAAGGAGGUAGAGCGACGUGCCUCAAAGUCCCGCAAGAUCAGGUACAAUGUACACGAAAAGAUAGUCAAUUUCAUGGCUAAGCGGCCGGAGGAUAUUCCAGAUAUGGCCCCUAAACUGUUUGAGAAUUUGUUUGGUCUCAAGACCCAGAACCGUUGAAUUAUGGUCGGUUUCUACCGUAUACACCAGAUAUGUAUGGGAUGCACAACUCCAUCGCUUCGAAAUUUUUGAUUCCAUUAGCCCUUGCUCAGAUAGUCGGAUUAUUCUCUUAUUGACUUAUAUUGCGAAAUUGCAGGGACUGUAACUUGUAAUGUGGCAUGAUCUCUAAAGAUGACAUAACGUUAUUGUAUAAUUAGGGAACAUGAGACAAUGUUACUAUUCGUUCAAUUUACUUAUUGUGCAUGUCUGGUUUGAUGGGUUGCUCGAUGGCGAAUGAGAACGAAGAGGAGGGUUUCGUGUA